GAAGAAGACGAAGAAUUCCUCUGGCAGUCAGGUCAGCUCGGUAAACAUUCUGCUCAAGCUCUGGUCAAUGUAAACUUUAAAAAUGUUACUGAACACUUUGGCCUCCGAGGGAGACAAGAGCACUAUUCAAUGAUGGUGGAAGAUUUCAGCAUCAUAACCAGUCCUGACAGCGUUGUCAAAUACAUAACUUUUAAAGAAGGUCCUACAAAAACGAGGCAAGGAGAUCUCCGGAUCGCCCACAGAACUGUACAACCCAAAAUGUUUUCGACCGGCGGCGAAAGAUGCCCUGUAAUGCUUUUCGAAGAAAUGCUGUCUAGACGACCACCAGAAUUGAGAGACAGUGGGCCAUUCUACUUGAAAACUAUUUCAAAACCCAAGGGCCAAGUAUGGUUUAACAGACAACGAAUGGGUAAACACAAAAUUGGACAGCUUAUGAAAGACAUGGCUGUCAAGUCUGGUUUAACUGCUGCCACUGGUAAGAAAAUUACCAAUCAUUCGAGCAGAAAAACUUGUGUGCAAAAGCUAAAGAAUGCUGUUGUCCCGAGGGACAAGAUU